UUGGAAGACAUUUUUAUACCUCCAACUAAAAGCUUGGAAGAGCUAAAAUAUCGCAAAAAUCAGGAACUGAAUCAACAUGACAAUACAGUCACUCAUAAAACAGUGAAAUCAGUUUGUCACCUGAUGAAACUGAACUUUUUGUAGAAGUAGUUGAUAUUUCACAAUAGACAUCUUUUUAAUAUGGGUGUGUUAAGGAUUGUCAGACAGCUUUUUCACUGGGGACCAAUUGUGGCACUUACAAUUAUUUUUUUUAUAUCAUCCAUAACUGUACAUUGUGUUUUAAUGUACUGGCCACUCUACACUGAUGGAGGCAUUAUAAAUUUCCUUGUUUUCAUAAUGUGGAAUUUUCUAACAUUAUGGAAUUAUUUUCAAGCAGUGAUUAAAGGUCCAGGAUUUGUACCAUUCAACUGGAGACCAGCGCGAAAGGAACAUUGCGAGAAAUUGCAAUAUUGUGAACUUUGUGAAAGUUACAAAGCACCACGAUCUCAUCAUUGUAGAAAAUGUGAUAGAUGUGUUAUGAAGAUGGACCAUCAUUGCCCAUGGAUCAACACAUGUUGUGGACAUUUUAACCAUGGCAACUUCACCUACUUUCUCUUUUUUGCUCCAUGUGGAUGUUUACAUGCUCUCUUUAUACUGAUUCCAAGUAUUUACAAGGCUCUUAAUUUUACAUGGUAUCUGCAUUAUGGUAGUAGAGAUCAUUUAGUUUAUCUAGGUAUAGGAGGAUUUUUAUGUUGUAUGUUUGCAAUAGGUCUUGCCAUAGGAGUUAUUAUUGCUGUAGGAUUGUUGUUAGUAAUACAGCUUAAAAGUAUUUUAAAGAAUGAGACGGGGAUAGAAACAUGGAUAAUAGAAAAGGCUGAGGACAGGGACAGAGAUGAGGAGGAAGAAGAAGAUUUUAUAUAUCCCUAUCAUCUGGGCUGGAGGAAAAAUCUUGCUCAAGUUUUCACAUGGUCUGGUAGACCGAAGUCAGAUGGGUUCACCUGGGAUGUUGUAGAUGGUUGCGAUCAGUUUACAUUUACUGAAGAACAGUUGAAACAGAAAGCUUUAAAGCGAGACAGAACACAGGAGUGUAUUAUUGUAGAUGACUAUUCUGGUGCUCUGUUCCCACUAUCAAAGGGGUGUGGCAUGUGCUGUGGUAUACCAUGUACAGAUGAACCAAGGAUACCUGUAAAGAAAGGAGAUAUCGUCAAGGUUACCAGGUGGAAAAAGAAGUGGCUGUAUGGUACAAAAUGUAUGACUGACAAUGAAAAAUCUUCAGGAAAAAGACGUGAACGAGGAUGGUUCCCAAGAUGUUGUGCUAGAGACUAUGUAUCCAAUACAUCAAACGGGCAACCAGAUUUACAAAUACCUUCUUCAGACAAGAAAGAGAAUUAGAGAUACGGGUUAUUCAAAUUACAAGAGACUUAAUAUAUAUUUUUUUCAUUCUUCAGCAAUUCAAGGAACCUGUAUGGAUACAUUUUAUUGUUAAGAGCACAAUAUUUUAAUGUUUGUUUUUAAGGGCAGUGUAAGAUAUGCGAAAUGUUACGCAAAUGUUCUAUGUUUGAUAAAUAAAAAUAAAAAAUUG